UAAAAUACUUAAUAAACAUUGAAAUUUACAGGAUAAUUGUUUAAGUUAUCGUGAAUAUUACCGAGCAAUUGGUGUGGUUUGCCUAAAAUCAUGGCGACUAUAUCAUUUGCUAAAAGUUUGGUUAACCCAGCACUCAAAUUAGUUUUAAAACAAAGUCAGAGUUCCAAUUUGCGAUGCACUGGAUUGCCAUCUUUGUCUCCUCUAAGUGUCAUACUCCGGAGGAACUAUGCUGAGAAACAAGUUUUUGAAAGAACUAAGCCUCAUUGUAAUGUAGGGACAAUUGGACACGUUGACCACGGAAAAACUACUUUAACAGCUGCCAUCACAAAAGUAUUAUCUGAUCUUAAUUUGGCCCAAAAGAAAGGAUACUCUGAUAUUGAUAAUGCACCAGAAGAGAAAGCUAGAGGUAUCACAAUCAAUGUAGCUCACGUUGAAUAUCAGACUGAGAAAAGGCAUUAUGGCCACACUGACUGUCCCGGGCACGCUGAUUACAUUAAGAACAUGAUCACAGGAACAGCACAAAUGGAUGGUGCAAUACUUGUUGUAGCAGCGACAGAUGGGGUUAUGCCUCAGACAAGGGAACAUCUUAUACUUGCAAAGCAAAUUGGUAUUCAACAUGUUGUAGUGUUUAUCAAUAAAGUUGAUGCAGCUGAUCAAGAGAUGGUAGAACUUGUAGAAAUGGAAAUUCGUGAACUUAUGACUGAAAUGGGUUAUGAUGGAGACAAAAUUCCAGUUAUUAAGGGUUCAGCUUUGAGUGCUUUAGAAGGAAAAAAUCCAGAAAUUGGUUCAGAAGCUAUAAGUAAACUCUUAGAGGAAGUGGAUUCAUUUAUUCCAACACCUAUUCGUGAAUUAGAUAAGCCAUUCCUCUUGCCUGUAGAAUCCGUUCAUUCUAUUCCUGGUCGUGGUACUGUUUUAACUGGACGUUUGUAUAGAGGAACAUUGAAAAAGGGUACUGAAUGUGAAAUUGUUGGUCAUGGCAAGGUAAUGAAAACAACUGUAACUGGAGUUGAAAUGUUCCACAAGACUUUAGAAGAAGCACAAGCCGGUGACCAGCUGGGUGCUUUAGUUCGUGCUGUUAAGAGAGAACAAAUCAAACGAGGCAUGGUAAUGGCUAAGCCUGGCACUGUCAAAGCUCAUGACAGCUUAGAAGCAGCUGUUUACAUAUUGAGUAAGGAAGAGGGAGGUCGUUCUAAGCCUUUUACAUCAUUUAUCCAACUUCAGAUGUUUUCUAUGACAUGGGAUUGUGCAACUCAAGUUACUAUCCCCCAGAAAGAAAUGGUUAUGCCCGGUGAAGAUGCUACCUUAAAUUUGCGUCUCUUAAAACCCAUGGUUUGUGAAACUGGUCAGAGAUUUACUCUUCGUUUGGGAGAUUUGACACUAGGAACAGGUGUUAUUACAAAAAUUAAUUCAAACCUUUCAGAAGAUGAUAGGUUGAAGCUUAUGGAAGGAAAGAAGGCAAGAGAAAAGGCAGCGGCAAAGAAGUAAAUUGUUAUCUGGUAUUAGUAUUUUAAGUUUUAGUGAUGUAGUUAUAAUGUACGCAUUUAAAUAAAACAUAAAUAAUUAAAAACUAUAAA